ACAUAAAAAUAUCGAUAAAAAUAAUUAUUUAAUUAAGAAAGAAAAAUAGUGAAUUAAUGAAAUUUAUUAUGCAGUUUUCAAACGAAUGACUAAUAAUUGCUCAUUGUAGGAAAAAAGCGGCGAGAUAACAGACAGAAUGGAGCUUUUAACAACAAAGAUAAUAAACCGAAUGAAAAAAAUGUAUUUUAAUAAAACAUGUUUAUGGACACAACAAAAUUAAUAAGCACCCAAAGACGAAUGUGCUAUAAUUAGCAGAUAUUCGAGCAUUUUAAAGUUAAUAUCUCGCCAAGUGCAAUUUGCAGCACUCAAAAAUAGAUGCAGCAAAUUAAAUUAAAACUAGUCUACCUAUUUACUAUUUCGCAUUAUAAAUUUUAUUAUCGAACGUUUAUGACCCGUAAUGUUUAUCUACUCCGUUUUCAUAUUGUUUUUGUUGCUUCGCAAUGCGGAACUGGACGAAAUUUAUAUCGGCGCUAUGUUUGGUGGUAAGGAAGACGACGAGAUGGCUUUUAAAUUUGCUAUCGAUAAAGUCAACAACAACUCUGAGAACAUGAUAAUGUCGAUUAUAGAAAGUGAGGACUUUAAAGAUGCAGAAGGCCCAUACAAAUCCAUGUUGGCUUUAUGCAACUUAUUAAAUUUAGGAGUUGUCUCAAUGUUUGGUCCUUCAAAUAUGGACAACAUAGACAUAGUUCAGUCGAUACUGGACGAAAAAGAAAUACCGCACGUUUUGAACGUGAGAAAUUACAGAUCGUCCAGAGGUGGCACCAUUUUAAACAUGUACCCUCACCCACCCUUAUUGUCAAAAGCUUAUAUCGACAUUAUUCGGGCUUUGGAGUGGAAGACUUACACAAUUUUAUAUGAGGAUGACGAAGGACUGACGAAUCUAUUCGAAGUACUUAAGGAGUCCGCUGCCAGAGGAAUUUUAGUUAACGUCAAACAACUGGAUAAAGAUCAAAGUGGCAACUACAGACCCGUAUUAAAAGAAGUGAAAGCGUCCGGCCAAACAGCUUAUUUGCUAGACUGUCAUAUAGAUCACUUGAAGGAGAUUCUGUCCCAGAUUCAGCAAGUUGGCCUUAUAAACAGUGAUUUUAAGUAUUUCAUCACAAAUUUGGACGCCCACACCGAAGACCUGUCGGCUUUUCAAUACGCUGAAGCCAACAUAACGGGAAUAAGGAUAAUAAAUCCGGAAAGUACGAAGGUGCAAGAAAUCAGCAAGGAAUUGUACAAGGGCAGAGACGAUGUGAUGUUGCCUUAUUGGCACCUUCGAACUGAAACCGCCAUGAUCAUAGACGCAGUGAACAUGUUGGCCAAAGCGUUCCAAGAUGUAAACGCUCAACCAUGGGUUAACCAAGGAAAUCAGUGCAAUGCCACGGACAGCUGGGAAUUCGGUCACAGUGUUAUCAAUCUUAUGAAAACUGGAACUUAUCAUGGUCUUACUGGCAUGAUAAAUUUCAACCAUGAAGGAUUCAGAAGUGAUUUCGAACUGGAGAUAUACGAGUUGAUCCAAGGUGCAGCCCCAGUGAUUGGCAGCUGGAAUGCCUCCAGUGGCAUCAAUAUAACUAGAAAGGGAGAUACCCUUACAGAAGAUGAUGACAACAGCCUCCGCAACAAAACUUUCACAGUCAUUACCGCAUUGACUGAACCGUAUGGAAUGUUGAAAGUGACUCAUGAAGUCUUGACGGGUAACGAUCGAUUUGAGGGUUUCGGCAUUGAAUUGAUUCACGAACUGUCUCUAAUGGAAGGUUUCAACUACACGUUUAUCAUAAGAGAGGACAAAAGUAACGACAAAAUGCUACAGGACGUUAACAACCACGUGGCAGAUUUAGCAAUCGCAGACUUGACAAUAACAUCUUCAAGAGCGGGAGUGUGUGACUUUACCACCCCCUUCAUGAAUCUCGGCAUCAGCAUAUUAUUUAGAAAGCCCAGUAAGGCUCCUCCAAGUUUCUUCUCGUUCGCCGAUCCGUUUGCAAUUGAAACUUGGAUCGGAUUGUCUUUAGCUUUCUUCGUUGUGACAAUAUCUCUGUACAUCAUGGGUCGUUUGUGCCCGGACGAAUGGACCAAUCCGUAUCCGUGCAUAGAAGAGCCGGAGUUUCUGGUGAAUCAAUGGAGCUUACUUAAUUCCUUUUGGUUUUCUAUUGGCGGUCUCAUGCAACAGGGUUCAGAAAUAGCUCCAAUUGGUACUUCAACGAGGAUUGCUGCGAGUGUGUGGUGGUUUUUUAUUCUGAUCAUGGUAUCUUCGUACACUGCAAAUUUGGCAGCCUUUUUGGCAACAGAAAAUCCCAUUGAACUUUUCACAGACAUAUCUAGUUUGGUGGAAAACGCUCCGAAAUAUAAAAUCAGAUACGGCGCCAAAGCUGGAGGAGCCACGGAAACUUUCUUUAAAGAAUCCAGCAAUCCGGUGUACAAAAAGGUGUACGAUCAUAUGAAGUACAAUCCGGAGGACAUGCCGAAAGAAAACAGUGUGGGAGUGAAGCUGGCAGAGGAUGAAAGAUAUGCUUUUUUUAUGGAAUCGACAAGCAUUACGUAUGUGACUCAGCGCAGUUGCGACCUCAUGAUGUACGGUAACUUGCUGGACGACAAAGGUUACGGAAUAGCUAUGAGAAAAAAUUCUCCAUACAGACAGAAAUUGACGACGGCAAUUUUAAAAUUGCAAGCGGGUGGUAACUUGGAGAUAUUGAAGAAAAAAUGGUGGGAAGAGAGACGAGGAGGUGGUCAGUGUGACAACCAGGAGGAAUCGUCCGACGCAACCCCUUUAGGCUUACAAAAUGUCGAAGGUGUUUUCUGGGUCACCAUUUACGGUGUGGUCCUCUCUAUACUACUCGUACUAGCCGAACACAUGCUGUAUUUAAUUCGAAUCAGCAGACACGCUAAGAAACCGUUCAAUGAAGUGUUCAUGUUGGAACUGCGGUACUAUAUGAACUUUGACAGCAACGUUAAGCCGACAAUCAGUACGCCGGAAGACUCCAAGGAAGGUUCGAAGGCGAAAGAAGGCUCGGAGGACGCAGAAGCAAACAAAAACGAAGAAAAGAAACGUGAGUCGAAACCGAGCAAGGAAAGUGGAUCUAACAUUACAAUACCGUAUGGUUUUAAUAUACCGAAUAUGGGAGGCGCGUCCCCCAAAUCCAAUAGUGGCAGCACCAUUGGUCUAUUGAAAUCGAAGAAAUCCAGCAACGGAUCUUAAUAGGUGCGAUUCAGAUUUGUGGUUUGUAGUGUAAUUUAUUGGUAAUAAAUUAUUAAGUAGU